AUCAAAUUUAGUCACUAAAAUGAAAUUCACAAUAUUAUUACUAUUCGGUCUAACGGUAUUUAUUAGCUCAACAUGGGCUGACAACUAUGAAUUAGCUGCAAUAGCCCCUACUGGAAUUAUGGAUGAUUUUCUUGGUUGGAUUAAAAACGCAGCCAAAGGAACUUCAUCAGCAUUUUUGAAAGUUAUGUCUUCCAUUGUUAAUAAAAUUAUGAGUAUUAUAUCAAAAUGGAAGGGAUCCAAUUUUGAGGUAGUCAUCAGAUUAGGAAGUCAAAUAAUGAAAUUAAAGGAUUUAGCUGAUGAUUAUCUUAUUAUGUUGGGUGACCAAAUACAUGGAAUAUUAGACAAAUUUGAGGGCUCCAUUAACAGUGUAUUAGAUAUCUUAAAUAUUAAGUUCGAUGAAGCUAUGGAUAAAGCUAAUCAUACGUUAUUUAAUGCAACAACACAAUUACAAGACUGGAGAGAUUAUUUGGAAUUAAGAUUAAAAACUGAGGCACCACAUAGAUAUGAUGAAGGAAUGAAAAUUGUUGAAGAAUUUAGUAAUAAAAGUAUAGUUGAUGUUUAUUCUUGUUCAGAAGGAGCUAUAAAACCGAUACGAAAUCUAUUUGACAAAUGUGAAACACUAGUAAAUGAAACAUUACCAUUAGCUAGAGCACUGGUUGAUUCUGUACAAAAAUGUAUAUUUGAUGGUGGCUGGGAUAUAAGUCGUAUACAAUCAUGCUUAAUUAAAACAAAAGAUGUUUUUCUGGUUACAAUCAAAGAGUUUCCAUCCAAAAUUAGUGCACUUCAGUCAGAAAUAUAUAAAUUAUUAAUAGAAGAAUUGUUCAAUUUACCAUGUAUUGCUGGGAGUCGAAUUAAAAUUGAAAUUGGUAAAAAAGAAAUUACCCAACGCAUAGAUGAUAUGAUAAAACAAAGUAAAAGUAAUAUGCUUUUAUAUUUACUUCAUUGAUAAUUAAUAUAUUAACUACAACUAUCAAAAAUUAAUAAUUUUUUGUUGUAAACUAUUUGAUUAAUUUAUAAGGAAUAUACUGAGAGAAACUUUGAUUAAGUUAAUUAUAUUUGAUUUAGGAAAUCAGUUUGAUAUUUUUUUGGUAUA